AUGCUCCAACCCCCAGGGCCAUUCGCCAUGGACGAUGAGAGGUCAAAUUCGGGGAAAGUGAGGAAGAAGUCGACUACCGCUCAUCGAAAGUCACUAUCCUGCGAAUACUGCAACCGCUCUUUUGCCCGCCUAGAGCACCUUCAGCGCCACCUCCGCACCCAUACCAAAGAGAAACCGUUCUCGUGUGAUAUAUGCUCUAAAUCAUUCGCAAGGAGCGACCUGCUUGUACGACAUGAGCGUCUAGUUCAUCCAGCCGAAGCCGCAGCCAAUCGAGAACAUCGAAACCACAGCAAUCACGAUGUCUCUCAGACACCCUCCUCUUUCGUCCAGCCGUCGCAUCAUGAAUCUCGAAUGUUAGAGCUAGCCGACGCCGUCCCGCUACAGACUCAGCCAAUUCCUCCUCCUCCUCCACCCGAAGUCCAGAUUCAGCCCCCUCCCAUUGUUGAAACACCCCACUUUAACCCUUCUUGGGGAUAUGAUUUGAACCUUUUAUCGCAUGCUGCAAGCCAUGUCGCCCUCGAAGGCCAACAAGAGAGUUUGGAGAGCAUGCGGAAGCCAUCACAGGCCAUUGCACCCCCUCCGCUCUCUCAUGUCCCAGAAAGGGCGAUCACCGAUAAUUAUGGUGUUGAACCCUCAAUUUUAGAUCUCACUGAUCUUGGGGACCCGGUCCAGGACUUUACCGUCUUUUUAGAGAGCGUUGGUCUCUCCUCAGAUUGGGACUCUGGCGUGUUUUCAAGUGUUGAGGAUCCAAUGAUGCCGAGCAGCCUUCCAAUGGAUUCAAAACCUACUGUUCGAGAAACUUCCAGGAUUGGACCCGAUCUUAUGGGCGAUCCCAGAGGCGCUGCUGAUGAGCCUCCCUCUUUUUCUAAUUUCGGUUCUCGGCUACCUUCGCUCCAGCCAGAAGCCCAUGAUGUUGAUGACCGUCUAGGCUUCGGCGACGAGGGCCCGCGACCCGCUUGGGAUAUAUCCAACGUUGACCGUCAGGUCUUUGUUCAGAAGCUGGAUGAAUUCGCUCACGUUCUUCCCAAAGGCUUUAUUCCUCCGUCCAGACAUGCCCUGUCUCGAUUUUUUGCAGGGUACAUAAAUGGCCUCAACGAGCAUCUUCCCUUUAUCCACGUCCCAACACUGUCUGUUGCCAAAUGCUCGCCAGAACUAACAUUGGCACUGGCAGCUGCGGGGUCCCACUACCGCUUUGAAAACAAUAGAGGAAUUGAUCUUUUCCACGCUGCAAAGGCCAUUCUUCUUGAACGCCUACGAAGAAGGGACAGCAAGCAGGUACCUUGCCCUACCUGGAACUUUCUAUCCCCUUCGUCGGGCUUUCAUGGCUCGCGUGGUUCAUCUACCACGUCCAACAGUCCGUACCAAACACAUCAACAUCAACCUCAUAUCAUGUACCCUGUCGAUCCAUCAGGCUACGCCACCGAAGAUUCGGACGCUCACAUGGAGGUGAUCAAAACUUUUCUACUCCUUACAAUAUUUGCUUCGUGGGAAAGACACCCUGAACUUCUACGGGAAAUUCUCUCCCUGCAAAGUACAUUGGCAAGACUUGUUCGGGAGCAUGGUCUCAGUGAGCCAAGUAUUGGCUUAGACCCAAACAACUGGGAAGAAUGGGUUCGACGGGAAUGUAGCAGGCGCACGAAGCUCAUCGUCUACUGCUUCUUUAAUCUUCAUUCUAUCAUGUACAACAUUCCUCCACUAAUCCUAAACGCAGAACUCAAGCUCAAUAUGCCUUAUUCGCAUGAUGUUUGGAAAGCAACAAACGCAGUGCAAUGGCGGCGGCUCCUUCGCAGUCGACCAGGGUCGGAAGUCUCUUUCCAGGAGGCUUUUACCAAACUGUUCCUCAAGUCCAACAUUACCAGCACUGCGCCCAUUUCACCCUUGGGCAACUACAUCCUGAUACACGCUCUUAUACAGCAAAUAUUCUUUGCACGGCAGCUUUGUCUUUCUGCGCCGAAUUUACAUGGGACAAGUCUGAGACCUGACGACCUGAACGUGCUGGACAACUCUUUGAGCUCAUGGAAAGCACUGUGGAAGCGCACGCCGGAAUCAAGCAUUGACCCGCAGAAUCCCGCGGGCCCAAUUGCCUUUACAUCUACUGCCCUGUUAGGACUCGCAUAUAUCAGGCUGCAUGUUGACUUGGGACCAUGUCGCCGCCUCGUCUCCCAAGACCCGGGUCAGAUCGCAAGGGCUCUGAACGAAUCGGCUCCGAUUGUACGAAGUCCGCGCCUAAUCAUGGCCCUAUUGCACUCCGCACAUGCCCUCUCAAUUCCAGUACGCUUAGGUAUAGACUUUGUCGCAAGAACCCACUCGUUCUUUUGGAGUAUCCAGCAUUCUCUCUGCAGCUUGGAGUGUGCUUUCCUACUGAGCAGAUGGCUGCUAUCGAUACCAAUGACACAAGCCGAACAACGUCUCUCUGAACACGAGAGAAAGCUCCUCGUAUGGAUCAAGAGCAUGAUGGAUGAAACUGACAUGGCUGUCGACCCACCAGGAGCGCCCGAUAUUGACUUUAUGGCCAAUCCAUACAAGGCCAAACAGCUCAGCGUCGCCAUUGUUCGCGUAUGGGCACGGACGUUCAAGGGCAACACAAGCUGGGCAAUUGUAGAUCUAGUUGGAUCAAGCCUGGAUGCGUACGCCGAUCUCCUAGAGUCCCAGGUUUAG